AUGCAAAUAUUAAGAAUUUUUUUAAAAGAUCAAGUCUUAAGAAGUGUUUAAUAUUUUUUUAAACAGUAAGCAAACUUUCACAAAAAUUCUAAAUAUUUAUUCCUUGAAAAUACUUAUAAUAUUUUAUCAGAACUUUACUAAGAAAUAUCAAAAUAAGGUUACCUUAAGGAAGUUAUUGAUAAAAAAAUUCAAAUUCAGGAUUUUUGAAAGUUAUAUAACUUUUAAUAAACAAUCUAAUUANAUUCAUUUAAGGAACCUACUGCCUUUUGCUAUUGUGCAGCUCAUCCUUUAGAAGGAUUCAUUGAAGGCAAUCUUCUUCUCCAUACUGCUGAAUUGAUUUUACCAAUUCAUCCUAUGUAAACAAUGAUUUAUGGAGGACUUAUGGCUUUCAAUGAUCUCUUUGCUCAUGAUGGAGGGUAUCUAUUUUAUAUUUAUUAUAGAAAAUAUGAUCAUUCUGAUCACUAUAGACAUCAUCUCUAUUAUGUUGUAAAUUAUGGCGAUGCCAAGAUUGAUCGAUUCUUUGGUACUGCAUAUGAUCCAGUAUUUAUAUUAUAUAUCAAUUUAGAAAAACUAUCCAGUUAAGGAAAAAUGCACAUAUUUACCUGAUUUCAAAGAUAAAGAUCAUCCAUUAUUUUAGAGGUAUAAAUGA